UUUAUUUUAUUCCAUUUAAUAUGUAAAAUAAUUUUUGCUUAUUCCACAAAAAUCUUCGAAUAUCAUGUCAAAUGCUGCAUCUAGUUAAUAGAGUGUAAUACUGGAGAUUAGAAUAAGUACCAAUUUAGAAGUCGUUAGAUAAAAAAUGAAUAUUCAUAUUGGAAUUCACGUGUCUAUUAUACUUUUAAAACUAAUGUAUUUGGAUAUAUAUGUAAAAUAAUAAUAUUAUGUUAUAUUAUAAUCAUUAUACAGCUAAUUUUUGUCUAUAUAGUUUGAUCGUUUCCAUAUUCAUGUUCCUUGUAUGUCUUAUCAUGAACUAAUCUUAAAUAUUACAUAUGCAAUUGUGUAUUUAUAUAUUCAUAGAUUUAUAUUAUUCAUACGACAGAAUAUCGCGACUUUAAGCGUUUUAGUCCUUCAUGGCCAGUUCUAAAAGAUUCCAGCCAAGGUACAGAAUGCUAAAAAGAACCAUAAAGAGGCACAAAGGAGGAAAAAAGGAUGUGCAGAGUUGAUUUCUGUUCUGGUUAACGAUAGCUUCGUUUCUUUCUCUCUCUCUAAGGAUUGCGUGGCUUAUAACAAUCGAGUUCUAUCUUGUUUGUCGAUUGUUUUGAAUUUGGGCGAUCAACAUGUUAAUUCAAUCGUUGAAGUCAAUCGAUUGCGACAAAAGAAACAACAGUCGAAUGGCAUUCAAUGGGCGACCAAUCGCGCCAUCUAUGUAGCGAAGAGAAUCAUCUAGAACUCUAGAAGAUGGCGAACACUUUUUUUUGCGCAUGACGAACAAUAGAGUCAUUCACAAAAAAAUUAAAAAUUAUGUAUGUUUUUUUUUUAUUAAGUGUAAGUAAUAUCAAUGUCGAUUACACUUUAAAAAGUAAUAUUUCAUACGUAUUUAUCAAUCAGUAAUUAAUUAAAAGUCAUUAAAAAUUCGAAAAAUGUCACGUGCCUUCAAACGUGAUAUGAUUGGUCGAAGAUAAUGUGACGUCACGAUAUAUGACAUAAGUCACAUUGUUUUAGGUGGCUGCAUGCAAACACGUUAUGUAACUAAUUAUUUUUAUUACAUACAUUGUUUCUUUAAUUGGCAUUUCGAUGAAGCGAUCUGAGGGCUUCGUGCAAGCAAAAUCGGACAAUUUACCAAAAAUGACAGUGGUAAUGUUGUCCGAUUUUUUUACUCAAAGUGAGUGUUUCAACAUCGCAGAGACUACAGGUGUUAAAGCUGAAAGAUCUAAACGUGAAGAAUAUGGAGAUAAUGCCAUUGGAUAUGUUGAGCUGAAACGAGAAGGCUCAAUAUGCACUGUUCGAGGAAAAAUAUGUCCAGAGCAUAAAAUUCGAAGUAAACCUUAUACAGUUUUUCUUAAGAUAGAUGAAGAGACUGAAGAAAUUAAAGAAGCUGUUUGUCAUGAUUGUGCCGCUUCUGCGGGUGGUUGUAAGCAUGCUAUUGCUUUUAUGAUGUGGGUUCAUAGGAGAAGUGAAGAACCAGAACCAACAGCAACAAUAUGCUAUUGGAAAAAAUCUAGAUUAGCUCAAGUAGGAAUUAAUAUAAAGUGUAUUACAACAACAAAAAUGAAAAAGCCACAAAUGAAAUAUAAUUUUGAAAACGCUGAUAAUUUUUUUGAUAAAAUCUUGCAUGAAAUGCAGAUUUUGCAGUUCACUAGUCAGAUAUCUAGACAUUUAAUUUCUUUAGAAAUAUGUAAUAAUUUAUCACUGCAUCAGUUAUUAAUACAAUUUGCUAAAACUCAAGGAACAAGUGCAGAUGACUUUUUGGCCUUUUCUAAACAAUUAAUGUCUAUCAAACAGUGUAUUGAAGUAGCUCAAGAAACAAAAUUACAAUCUAAAUCUAAACUAUGGAUGGAAAUGAGAUACGGUCGUAUUACAGCAUCCAGAAUUUAUGAAGUUGCUCAUUGUAAAACUGAACGAGGCACAUUAGUUGAACAAAUAAUUGGAGCAGCUAAAAUUAUAGAGACUGAAGCAAUGAAAAGAGGAAAAGAUUUAGAGAAAAAGGUGCCUCUCCUGAUGGCAUUGGUCCUGAUUUUGUCGUAGAAAUAAAAUGUCCUACAACAUCAAAAGCCGAAUUGAAAUAUAUUACAGCAGAACAGAAAAUAUGUAAUAGAUAUUUGGCUCAAAUACAACUUCAAAUGUUUAUGUCCAAAAUGAAGAAAGGAUAUUUUUGUAUGGCUAGACAUAAU